AUGACACAGAGAGUAAAACCAGUUCAAAAGAUGUUGAGGAUUCCACCAUUUCAGAGGACGAAGAAAACGAGGAUAGCCCAGACGGUGCAGAGAAGGAAGAAGGUUCAGAUUCACCUCCCUCCUCUCCAGACGAGGAAGACAAGAAACAAAGAAAGAAAAGUAAAAAAGAGAAAGGGUUUCUUCACCAAGCUGAUGAAGUCAGCGCCGGAUGAGCAAUGGUUGCUGAAGAUGGUGCUGUGGUUCCCUGUGGGGAUCGGGAUGUCGGUGGCUCUGUACUUCCUGGUCAUUCAGAAGAUGAGCCUCCAGGAAAAGUAUAAGCUGAUCAUUGGCUGUGGUCUGGGAUUUGUUUUAUCACUGACCUUUGCCUUCAGCGUGCAGAUGCGAUGUGUCAUGACCUUGGUAGUUCCAACAUUCGUCGGCAAAGCCGGCCGGUCGUACUUUGCCGCUUUCGCUAUUGUGUACCUCGUCAACGGACCAAUCACCAACAUCAUGGACAACUGCGAGGAAAUCGUUAGAAGCAUGACUUGCAACUCGGAGCUGACGGCCAACCACACCAAGACCAAGUUCAACUUGAGGAUGCAUCCGGUACAACACGCUGUCGGCGAUCUCUUAAAGGACAAUUUUCUAGUUGUUCGGGCUUCCAAGGCGAUCAAGAAAGCCUUCAGUCCACUUACCAAAGAGCUGAAAGAUAACGAGAAUGAGAAUCGCGAGAUGGAGAGCAGUAUCAAAGAUGUGGAAAGAAUAGGGGACAAGAGAGACAGCGACAAUAGCGCGGAUAAAGAUGCCGGCAAAAAAGUGGAGAAGCAGUGGGAGAAGAAAAUGGAUCUGCGCUGCCAUGGCACCUUCAGCAAUGGCGUCCAAAGAUGUCGAGACAAAAUGCGCCAACUUGAGGACAAGUGUAUGGAUAAACUGUCUUUCCUGGGCUAUAUCGUUUGCUGGCCGUUGAAGAUCACUGUCUUCUGCAACCUGGUGAAGCUGAUCCCCGGGGUGAUCGGCAUGGACUGUAACGCUGCCAGCCAGGUGAGUCCAGGCUUUGGGGACACUUAUGUGUCUGCGCGCGACGUCAUGGACAACAUGGAAGAUGGGGCCAAGGUAAACCUCCAGUAUAAAGUGGUGGGCAGCGCCGACGCGAACUACAUGCCAGUGGAAGAGAUGCGACAGGCCACCAUACACGAGGUCAAGGCCAAGACUGACACCAUCAACAUCACCUUGAAGGUCAUCACACAUGUGCUGACCUUCACCUUCCUGAUCGUCUUCUAUGGCGCUUACAAGUACAACGGAAACUAUUUGACGGAUCUCAACUGGGACAACAAAUAUAUCACCGCCUACUUCCGCCAUAUCGACGCCCGAAGGAAAGACCGCGGCAAGCGGACACUGCUGCCGCUAAAGAAAGCCGAGAAAAAGGAACUGUACGACCCAAACAAGAUCAAACUGAGUGCCGCAGAACGCAAGAAAGUGGUGGCAGGGACCAUACAGCUGCUUCUCCGGGUCAUCAUCAGCGCCAUCAUCUGCUACAUGGACAACAUCUUCUACCAGGUUCUGGACAUCAUUGCCAGAAACAGCAAAAUUGAAUAUCAUCAAACCGGGGAGCACGUUGUGGAUAUCAAAAUCUACGGCAAGGGUUUCAUGAGCGCUCUGGUGAGGUCAUUCCUAGAGCGAUUCAACUCCAAGCAAGAACUGGACAGCUUGACCACAAACUACGCCUGCUUGCCCAGGCCAUCCAAAACUGACGUGGUCAUUCUUGCUUUCAUAUUCGGCACUUACAUGUUGGUGUGGGUCUUUUUGUACUUUGAGGCGUUUGGCCUCCGGAUGAGGCGCGUCAUUGCCGCUUUCUACUACAGAAAACGAGAGAAGAAGAGAAUUCUCUAUCUAUACAACGAGAGGUACCGGAAACGGGUGGGCUUUUUGAUGCACAUGCGUAAGAAAGUGCGCAAACAGUUACGAGAUCGAGAAUUUCAGAGAAAGAUCGGCAUCAUUUUGGCGCUGAAGAGACAGUACCCGUUCCUGUCCAAGUGUCUGGGGGUAUUCAAGGCAUCCAAGGACACCUGCAUCAUUUGUGGCGAGCUGGAGACCAAGGGCUUUCAUACAUGUCCCACGGAGGGCUGUGGCGUGGGCUACUGUCGCGAAUGUUGGAUCGACAUCAAGAAGAAGUGUUAUGCUUGUGGGCAGGUCAGUGACAAUGAGGAGGACUCCGGCUCUGACAGUGAGACUGCUGACGAUGGUCACUUCGUCCUCUGA